AUGUGGGGUCUAGUCCAGUUGCUUGUGGAUUACCUGGCGCCCAUAUUUUUAGUCUUGUCGCCCAUAACAUCUUACGCCGACCAGAUCGCAUCGAUACACCGGAAAAAGUCCUGCGAUGGAUUCUCCCUCGAUAUCCCCCUUAUCAUGCUGCUUGCAUCGAUACUCAAGGUCUUCUACUGGUUUGGCGCCUACUACGACAAGUCGCUCCUCGCGCAGGCCUCCCUCAUGAUAGUCGUCCAACUCAUCCUCUUAAAGGUCGCGCUGGAUAACCGCGCCCCAUCGGGCGGGAGCGAAAAAGGCGGAGUACAGCAUACACCGUUCCAUGGGUAUACACAUAACAGCCCCGGGAAUAAGGGGAUUUUAUGGGAUUUUUUGAUGGAGGGAAGGAGACCCUUUGGGUUUUGGCAGUGGAAUGGGACCAAGCCGUACUUCGUCUUCCUCGCGUACUUUACCACCACCCUCCUCUUUAUCCACGUUUUCCUGCCCAUCCUCGCCCGGACUCCCUUCUACAUCACCUUCCUCGGCUACGUCGGACUCGCCGUCGAAGCCAUCCUCCCCAUCCCUCAAAUCCUCAAGAAUCACCGUGCCCGGUCUUGCAAAGGGUUUCGCCUCUCAGUCAUCAUCAACUGGCUAGCGGGUGACGCUAUGAAAAUGAGUUAUUUCUUUCUGAGCAAGGAGUAUGUACCCUGGCCUUUCCGUCUUUGCGGAAUCUUCCAGGCUUGCUGUGAUGUUUACUUGGGGUUGCAAUUCUUGAUGUACGGGCAGGGGCCGGCUGGCAUGAGAGAGGAGGUCGCGAUGGCGAAUGUAGGAGCAGGGUCAAUGGGGAAGGCUGGAUUCCCUGGGUGA